AUGUCUCAACCCAAUAAGUGUUGGACUGAUGAGUAUGUGAUUGUCAUUUUAUACUAUUUGCGAAAGAAGUCGAAGCAACAGAGUCAUUCUAAAUAUCGAUAUACCACUACUAAUUAUUUUUUCAAAACAUGUAUUGACAAUGCCAGUGUUGUUCCUGAAUAUGAGAAUAAAAUCGUUGGCACUAUCAAAGGGUUUGGUAUACCUGCUGGACUGCCUUGGCACCUCCCAAAUGAGGUUUAUGUCCUUGUAAAUUGUAAUGGGGAGUUUCAUUGGGUCUUGGCAGUCGUUGUAUUGAAGGAACGACGCAUAAAGGUGUAUGAUUCGAUGUUCUCAUCUAGGACUAACAGAAAAUUGUGCACCGAGAUUCAAAAGUUGUCUACAAUGUUGCCAAAGUACCUUGAAUUCAAUGGAUUUUAUGAGCAAAAAGACCGAACCAACUGGUCAGUUCUUGAAUCUUUCCAGGGCAAGAAAAAAUCUCACCCAUUCGAAGUCAUACAUGUUACUGGUAUUGCCCAACAAGCAAACAAUAGUCUUGAUUGUGAAGUUUUUGUAGCUGCAUACGCUGAGUUUUUGAGUGAUGGACUACAAAUACCAUCUGAUGAAAUUAUUUCUCAAUCCCUUUGCUUGAGAUAUGCUUCACUCCUAUGGAAUUAUGGGAUUUUAAAGGCUUGGAGUGGCUAUGUUAGUAACAAUGAAGACUCACAGAGGCCUAGACCUAAAAAAGCAAAGUUCGAUGAAAAUGUUGUGGUUACCACCAUUGAUUAG